AUGGGCUCAAUCGCAGACCGAAAGCCGCACGUCGUGUGCCUCGGCACGCCCGCUUUCGCCGGCGAAGACUACCUCGCCUCGUUUGCUCAGAGCUUCCAAUACUCUGUCUUACCAGCUGCCAAUCGCGCCGAAACGAUCGCGGGCCUCCCAGACUUGAUAUCGCGGAAUGGCCCUAUCGACGCGUUCAUCAUCCGCAUGGGCACGCCACCCUACGAGCCAUUCGACGAAGAGCUCCUGUCCGCCCUCGCGCCUAGCUGCAAGAUUAUCACGUCGGCGAGCGCCGGGUACAAUGAGUUCGACGUGGACUGGAUGAGCCGCCAGGGCAUUGUGUUCUGCAAUUCCGUCAACGCGGUUGCCGAGGCGACGGCCGAUAUGGCCGUCUUCCUACUGCUGGCGACGCUGAGGAAUACUAGCAAGGCAGAGAAGAGCGCGAAAGCGGGGAAGUGGAGAGGUGGGCCCAAUGGUGGAUUGAUCCCGGCGAGGGAUCCGGCGGGCUUGACGCUGGGGAUCGUGGGCAUGGGUGCGAUUGGUAAGCAUCUUGCAAGGAAGGCGGCCGUGUUCAAUUUGAAGAUCAAGUACUACAACCGCCGCCAACUGCCUACCUCUGAAGAGGAGAAGUACAACGCCACGUACUGCGGCUCGCUACACGAGCUCCUGGCAUCCUCGGACAUUGUUUCUCUCAACUGCCCGCUGAAUGAGAAGACGACGAACCUCAUUAGCACGGCUGAGUUCGACGCAAUGAAACAUGGCGCGUUCUUGAUCAACACUGCUCGCGGUGCUGUGAUUGACGAAGCAGCGCUGAAGGUGGCUCUUGGGAACGGUAAAGUUGCUCGAGCAGGGCUGGACGUUUUAUGCAACGAGCCGAACGUGGAUCCGUGGUUCUUCGGGCAGGAAAACGUGAUACUGCAACCUCACCUAGGAGGUUUGACAGAUAUCGCGUAUCAAAAGGCAGAAAGGGAGUGUUUUGAGAAUAUCAGGGCGUAUUUCGAGACGGGAAAUGCCAAUUCGCCAGUGAACGCCGACCGCUUGGAGAAACGACAAGUAUAG